AUGGUGCAAACUAAGGAUGGAACUGUGGCUCUAGCUUCUGCUUUUUCUGGCCACAAGCAAGCUAUAAAGGAUAGAGACCACAAAUUUUUAAGAAAAGCAGUUGAAGAAGCAUAUAAAGGUGUAGAUUGUGAAGAUGGAGGUCCUUUUGGUGCUGUUAUUGUUUUCAAUGAUGAAGUUGUUGCUAGUUGUCACAAUAUGGUUCUCAGAAACAAUGACCCUACUGCUCAUGCUGAAGUCACAGCAAUAAGAGAGGCUUGUAAAAAACUGAAGCAGAUAGAACUUUCAGAUUGUGAAAUAUAUGCUUCUUGUGAGCCAUGCCCAAUGUGCUUUGGUGCUAUUCACCUUUCACGUGUUAAGAGGUUGGUUUAUGGAGCAAAAGCUGAGGCAGCAAUUGCGAUUGGUUUUGAUGAUUUUAUAGCUGAUGCAUUGAGAGGAACUGGAUUUUAUCAAAAAGCACAUUUGGAAAUUAAAAGAGCUGAUGGCAAAGAGGCCAUUUUUGCUGAAGAAGUGUUUGAGAAAACUAAGGAAAAAUUUCGAAUGUAUUGA